UCAUUACUCCGACUUCUUUACGCCUCACAGGCCUGCAGAACAGUAUUUACAGCUUCAUUAACCUUUGAUGGUUACCCCAUAAUCGCCUCAGACGAAUUCGAAGCGGUCUUCCUCGCACUGAACACAAGAUAUCUCAGCCCUAGAAUCUUCACUAAACAAAAUGGCGUCACCUGCUGUGUCAACCCCCUCCUCCGCAGGCUCUCCCCCGGCCCUCGCACCAGCCCCUCCAUCUCUCGCGAUUCAGAACUACAAUGCUGCCAACAUGAACUCUCUUGCUCCUGCUGCAGGUACGCCGACUAUAGUGACACGUAAAGAAUGGAUCAUUCCACCUCGUCCGAAGCCUGGUCGCAAGCCCGCCACUGAUACCCCGCCCACAAAGCGCAAGGCUCAGAAUCGAGCUGCUCAACGUGCGUUCCGGGAACGACGUGCUGCAAGGGUGGGAGAACUGGAGGAGCAGCUCGAGGAGGUCAAGGAAGAUCAAUUGAAACGAGAGUCGGACUUGAGGAGCAAGAUUGAAAAGCUUGAGGCGGAUAUCGAGAGAUUCAGUGGGGAGAUACACUCUUGGAGAGUCCGAUGUGAGACUUUGGAUCAAAUUGCGGAGUAUGAAAGGAAGGAGAAGGAGGCUGCUCUUGCGGAGUUGUCAUACCUUCACAAUGGUGCUCGAACAACAGGAACUGAUGCUGUUCCGCUCCCACCUCGGCAUCUUCGACAUAAUAAGCCAAAGGUCCCCGAACCACAACAAUAUGUGGCUCCUGAACCUGAGACCAAUCUCGGAUGUGGUGGAUGUACUUCUACGAGCAAUUGUUCUUGUGUUGAACAAGCUAUGGCAAUCUACUCAUCCGGAUGUGGCAAGUGUAGUCCUGAUACUCACUGCGAGUGCUUGGAAGAGACCAUUAAGGGAGCAGGUGAUAUUUCCCAAUUAGAGUUGAAGAGACCACACUCACCAUCAGAACCAUACACUGAUAAGCGUCAACGUUACUCGGAACCCUCAACGCCGCUUGAAGUGGAUUUCACAGCACAGUUCUCUUCCAAGCCAGCUCAGUCUCAAGAAGUCGUCAUCCAGACUAGCCAUCGUCCUCAAGGAGAAUCAUGUGGUUUCUGUGAAGAAGGCACUUAUUGCAUGUGUGCCGAAGCAGCAGCUGCUACCGCAUCCAAUGCUGCUAAUCAAGACCAUAACAAUAACAAUCGUCUCGCUCCACUCCUCAACGAAGUCACAUCCCUACAGUCAGACACCGACGUCAAAGGUCCAUUACGAAAACUGCCCUCCCUUCAACCCCUCCAAAUGCACUCUCCCGUCAACUCCGUACUAUCAAAUUCCAACUCAAACUCCUGCGCCAACGGCCCCGGGACAUGUCAACAAUGCCAAUCGGACCCUAAAUCCGGCCUCUUCUGCCGCUCCUUAGCAGCCAUCCGCGCAUCUAGCGGCUCUGUCCCGGAUGGCUGCUGUGGAGGUAACAGUAGCGGAGGAGGCUGUUGCAAAUCUGUCCCUGUCGCUGCACCGUCCCAACCGCCUCCAAGCUUGUCGUGUGCAGAUACGUAUAAGACGCUUUCUACGCACAAGAACUUCGAGCAGGCUAGCGAUGAGCUGAAUACCUGGUUAGGGAGACUGCAUGCUACUCCUCCUGUGCAUCCGGGUCGGGCACCGAUGGAAGUUGAGGCUGCGAGUGUGAUGGGGGUGUUAAAGCUUUUUGAUCGGAGGUUUGGUCGGGGUUGAAAGAGAUGGUUUGUUAGUUGAUCAUGUAACAUUCAUCAUUACACGUCUCGCUUCUUUGUAGAAUCAGGUGCUAACAUGAUUGAUUGUGAUAUUGCUGUGCUGAAAGUCUUUGGGAAAAGUAUCAAUAUUAGCUGCACAUAUCUACUGUCUCGAUCAAAAUACUAAGGGCUUCCUUCAACUCGGCUGAGCAAAAGCAUGAUGUAUGAAAAGCACUAAAACAGAAAAUAGCACCAGCUCAGCUCAGCUCAGCCUACCCCGCUUAUGAUAAUAGCGUUGGGAAUUCGAACAGAGGGAUGAUAACUUGAAGUAUACUGUACAUAGCACAUGAACA